UUCAAUUCGAUACUAUCACGAUUGUUAUGUUGGUGGAUGAUUUAACAAUUUUUUUGAAAAUUUAUUUUGGUAAAAAUUAUGGCUACAUUUUUUGGUGAAGUUAAUGAUAUUUCAUCUAGAUCUGCUUGGUGGUCGGAUUCAGAUUGCGAUGAUGAUGAUGAACAUGUUCCCGAUAAGGAAAUUCAUCGACAAAAAAAUCCUACGAAACUUGGAAAAUUUUCGAUAAAAUAUGAAAAUGGUUAUCGAUCCGAUUCCGAAUUUAAAUUCAAACAAAUUUAUGUAACCAAUGUUAAAUCUAUUCCAAAAAAUUUGAAAACAAUCCUGACCAUAUCGAUUGACAAUGUCGAUAUCCCAGUUUGUUAUUUGUAUCUCUUAGAUGAUGGUAAUCAUCCACAAUCCUGUUGGUUAGCCAUCAAUCAUCGAACAUUAUUACAACAUGAACAUUUAACUGUACAACUAGUUAAAUAUCUUUUCGAUACUGUAUUGAACAAAUUGAUCAAUUCAACCAAAUCAAAAUUAUUGAUCAUAUCGAAACAAAAAAAUCGUUCCGGUCAUGUACAAUAUCUUAAAUCACCAACAACAUUGGAUAAUGAUUACAUUGCUGAUAUUGGUAAAAAAUGUAGCAUCACAAAAUUAAUGGCACCCGAAACAUCUAAUGAUGAAUUUGAAUUGGCCAUAAUGCAACAUUGUAUCGUUCGACGAUUAAAUUUUAUAUUUUUAAUUUUACCAAUCGAAUCAGAGAAUGGACAAUUUAUUCCAAAAAUAAUUAAUGAUUCAUUGAAACAAUUUUAUGAUUUUUCACAAAAUAAUCUAAUUAUUUAAUCAAAUGAUUUAUAAUUAUUAAAAAGAA